UUAACCCUACUUUCCUUAUUGUUGAAAUUAUAUGAAUUUUAGCUACAAAAUAGUUUUAAAAAUUUUGGAUAGAAACUGUUCGCUUGCAAUAAAAAAUGACAACAAAAAAAAGAGUAGAAAGUACCACCGACUCUACAUCAGGAUCCUCAUCAGCAUCAACAACAACUUCUUCGUCAAGUGGAUCAGAUUCUUCCUCUUCCAGCGAGUCAGAAUCUUCUUCUUCUCAAGAUAUAUCGAAACAACAGUUACUUUCGAAAAUUCCUGCAGCAGUUAAAUCUCAAAAUACUAAUGAAAGCAAAAAAGUGCCUCCCUUUGCAACUUCAAUACAAAAACAACGCAAAAACACAGAUGUUCCUCCUAAACUCCCAAAUAUGCAAAAACAAAUGGACAAGAAACCCAAAAAUAUCCAACAUAAGUCUUCACAUAUUUUAAAACCUCCCCAAACUCCGAAACCUUCAUCACGAAUGAGUGUGUAUUCCUCUGAUGAAGAUGAUAAUAACGAUGAAAAAGAUAAGAAUAAUAAAAUGGAAAAUCUAAAAAGAAAUCAAGCACAACAAAAAAGUCUGAUUAAACCUAAAGCAUCUGCUUCUAUUGCAUCAAAGCUGGGAUCAAAUUUAUCUGGCAAUAAGUGUAAUUUAUCAAAAGGAGCAUCCAAGAUACAGAAACCUAUCCUUAAGCCAUUCCCAUUAGUUCAGAAGGACUCUUCAAAAUCAAAUAAGUCAAUUUUAAAAUCAGAAUUGAACAAAAAAAAGAGUAUAUUUUCCCCUGAAAACAGUUCAGAUUCAGAUGAAGCUUUAAACUCAAAGGUUUCAAAGGCACUAACAAAAACUUCCAUCCAAAAACCACGCAACAAAGCAUCGCCACGUAUUCUAGAUAAACCAAAAGUUAUUGAACGUUCAAAAUCUGACAAAAAAGCUCCACCAAAGUCGAAAGCCGUCGUUUCUUCGGCAACGUCAACGACUAGUAGUAGUGACUCCUCCAGCAGCUCCGACUGCGGUACUAGCGUCGAUUCGAGCAUUUCGACGAAAAAAAUGGAAUCAAGAAAGCCUAUCAAAAAAGCUACUACGUCCAAAGUUUCUAAAGAAAGCCAUACCGAUUCCGAUGGUGAAAAAAAGCAACAAAUCACACGGAAGCUCACUAGAUCUGCAAACACCAGAAAAUCUAAGCAUGUAAUUGGAGUUGUAUAUUCCGACUCUGACUCGGAUACCGAAAGCACGAAGCGAUCUCUUAGUCGAUCACCAGUGAAAAGAGCACCCGUAACAGCUAAAGGAAAAACGAAAAUUACGAAAAAUCCAAAACGAAAUAGUGAAAUUCCUAUUUUAGAAGAACGUAAAUGUCCCAUUGACGGAUGUAAUAGUUCAGGACACCUAGGUGGUCGUUUCGAAAAGCAUUUUACGAUAGAAGCAUGUCCAAUUUAUCAUAAUUUAACAGCGCAGCAAUGUAAGGAGCAGCAAAUAGAGAGAAAGAAAAGGGAAGAUUUUAGGAAAAAAGCACUGGAUAUUUUCAAAAAAACAGCUAAGAUGGAUCCCACAGUCGAACAGAAAUCCUACCUCUAUAAAAUAAAAGAUUUAAGAUCCAAGUUUAAAAUGGAACCAGUCGAAGAUAUAAAACCAAACGUGGAUAAAAAUAAAGAACCUAAUCUGAAUAAUAUCGUUCCCGAAUACGACCUCAAACUGUUUAGGGACGCACAAGCCAUCGCUAGCGAAAAAAUUGAAGAAGAAUUAGAAAAACUUCCUAAUUUUAAAGGCACUAAAUACAUAGAAAUGGGCAAAUUCGAAAUGGAAGUGUGGUACCAGAGUCCUUACCCAGAAGACUAUGCUCGUUUACCUAAAUUAUACAUAUGUGAGUAUUGCUUGCGCUACAUGAAGUCUCGUACAGUGUUACAACGACAUGUGGUAAAAUGCGUGUGGAGGCAUCCUCCUGGCGAAGAAGUGUAUAGAAAAGACAAAAUAUCCGUUUGGGAAGUGGACGGUAAAAGAUAUAAACAGUACUGCCAGAAUUUGUGUCUGUUAGCUAAAUUCUUUCUUGAUCAUAAAACUCUUUAUUAUGAUGUUGAACCGUUCCUAUUCUACGUGAUGACCAUGGCCGACAACGAGGGUUGUCACACAGUGGGGUACUUCAGCAAGGAAAAAAAUUCUUUUCUGAAUUAUAACGUAUCCUGUAUUCUCACAUUACCCCCAUAUCAGAGGCAAGGCUACGGAAGGCUGCUCAUUGAUUUUAGUUAUCUGCUUACGCGAACGGAAGGUAAGAUCGGAUCGCCGGAAAAACCGUUGAGCGAUUUAGGUUUGAUAUCUUACCGAUCGUAUUGGAAAGACGUUCUUCUCGGUUAUUUAUGUUCCACCGCGGGUACGACCUUGUCCGUCAAGGAUAUCAGUCAGGAGAUGGCCAUACACUCGUACGACAUCGUGUCAACGCUUCAGGCGCUCGGUAUGAUGAAGUACUGGAAGGGCAAGCACAUAAUCCUCAGGAAGCAGGACGUCCUGGACGAAUACGUCGAGCGCGUGAAACGCCGAGGUUCGUUGUUAAAAGAGGUAGAUCCGGCAUGUUUGCGAUGGAAACCGUUCGUGCCACCCCAACCCGCCCCCGUUUAACACACGAUUAAGGGCUGCUUGACACUGUGGGGUCAUUGUAUAUGUAACCUUUUUUUAUCCGACAUUUAAAACAUUAUUUUAAGAGGGGGUCUUCCGCGGAGCAAACCGAAAAAGUGAAACAAAAGGAAAAUUGUAAUUUUUAAUUAGGGACUAAAUUAUUAAUAAUUACAUAUAGAUUUUGUGGAACUGCAUACUUGUAGUUAUCUGUACACAUAUUUAUCUAUUUUGAUAAUUAUUUUUCAUCAAUUUUUUAUCAUUAAUUUUACUGUUUUAAUUUGCACAUUUUUAAUUCUUGUACAUAUGUAUGUGCUUUUAUUAGCUGCUUAAUUGCGAACAAUUUAAUUAUUGGGCGAUUUUAUACAACAUUUUAUUUAACUACCUGUGUAUGUAGGUAUUGUGGACCACAAAAUACAUUGAUGUUUUAGGUGA